UGGGAUACCGCGUCGUGUGACCAGGGCGUGGGCACGUGACUCUCCACGCAACGAUUUUUAAACAUUUUUUAAUUUUUACGAAACAGGAGUUAUGAUGUGACGGAAUGGAGGAAUCUUCGGAUGACCACCCCUAACUGCCCUCAUUUACCAUCAUGAGGCACAACCAGACCCGUGCUCAGAAUCCCUCUUCGGUCACCGUUCAGGUGAAGCCAGGGGUUUCAAAAUUGUCACAUCAGGGCCGGGAUUUGGUUUCUCGGAAGCCACGGCUGCACGAGAGGGGUGAAGGGGAAUCCAGUAAGAUGUCAAAAGUCUCAAAGGAGGUUCCGUUUGUCGUACAGCACCAGGAGUUGGAAGCAUUUCUUAAACUUCUCGAUGACGAGAUGAUUCAGGAUUUCCUCUGGAUGGACAGUUGCUGCCGAAUUGCAGAUAAGUAUUUACUGGCCAUGGUGCUGACUUACUUCAAACGUGCAGAGCUUCACAUCAGUCAGUACUCCAGAAUGAACUUCUUCUUGGCGCUGUACCUGGCAAAUGACAUGGAGGAAGAUGAGGAACAAUACAAGUAUGAGAUAUUUCCAUGGGCAUUGGGUGACAACUGGAGGAAGCUUGUGCCGAAAUUCCUCAAAUUGCGGCUGGACCUGUGGGCUCAAAUGGAUUACAAGGCGGCAGUCAGCCGGCGAUGCUGUGAGGAGGUGAUUGCCACUAUCCCUUGCCAUUAUAUUUGGCACAGAGACCGCCCAGUUCAUCACAGUGGUGCAAUCAGAAGCUACCUGCAGAAAGAAACAGUACCUUACCCCCAGGGGCCCAGUGGGACACCACCAUUCUGCACACUCUGCAGUCGCUACCGGUGCUACUUGGACCUUGAUUCGGAUUCUUCAUCUUCUUCCCCAGAGGACACUGUCUUGUUGGAUGGUGACUGGCCCCAAGAUCUAUUGAUAUUGUCACCAGCUGUCCUGAUAGACCAUGGAAUAGAAGUCCUACAGGAAGCUUUGGUCAGUACCACACCUGAUGGACAAGAUUACAGCUGGUGCAUGUAGAGUGGUGACCGGUGUGCCUGCCUACAGCUGGACCCUUUUAGCUUUGACACAUGCCAGCACUGGUGUUUCUAUUACUUAACCCUGUUGAGCAUUUUUAUGAUCUGAUGCACUUUAUGAUUUUUUUUCCCCCUGUCUGGCUGCCAGCUCCCUCCCCCUUGUGAGACUGAGGCCAGGAAGGGAGUUGUUAGCAACUGAACUUUAAAUGGUUACACUCAAAUGUUAAGACAUUUGUUUGCAAUUGAAUGUAUAUUUAUUGCUGUGGAGAUGAUUAAUGUAUAGAAUAAAUAUUGGCAGAUGAA